AUGCCUUUCGUGCAGCGUGUGGUGGAACCAAAGUUUCUCUCACGGACAAGUUUGCGGGACGAAGAUGGUAAACUCAAGGUUACGGAUGAAGAACUUCAGGCGGUAACCAACUGUACCCUGAGCAAUGCUCUCCGUCAGCUCGCCUCACUGGUUCUUCUAGCCGAAGAUAUCUUCAGUGAGCUCACAUCCCAACUUGAAGAAAUAACUGAGAGAUCGAAGGUUGCUAAGACUAAGAUCGAAAGGGUACAGGAGGUCGUUGAAAAAUAUGAUCCUAAGAAAGUAACAGUCCCGGAGAGCAGCCUGUCCGAUUUUGCAGCGCGCAAAAUUCAUUACACGGCCGCUAAUCCUCUCAAAAAGGAUCUUUUCACAGUGGACACGAGACCAGCAAGCUUACGUAACUUGUACGAUAAGGCGACGGCUGAUUGUGUAACAAAUUCUAUACUAGAUCAGCUAAGAAGAGAUUCACAACAUUCCCCAUACCUGCUCUGCACACCUGUACUCACCACUAAAAGACGUCGCAUUUGUCAGAGAGUCGAUGUUGAUAUAGAAACACGCAUUCCAUCGAUAGUGGAACAUCUAAGGAAAUGGACUUCCAAGGAGGCGGUGGGCGAUAUAACGGCACUCCCGGACUCAUCGAUGCGCAUCGCAAGUAGUGUGACUCUAACACCUGAUGAAUUAUCUGAAUGUGACUCCGGUGACGAUGAACCCAUAGAUCAUAGAUUACCGAGUCCCGAUGAACAGCUUAGAAUUAUAGCUUCCAAGUUCCCUCCCGAAGUAGUAGCUAUAGACACGUCGGGCAAGUUCUUCGAUAGGAUGUGUACUUCACGUAAAUCUCUCAUAGAAACAGGAGAAACGGACACCGUGAAGCGAAGGACUCGCACAAGAAAACCACGUGGUAAAAGACGAAACACCAUUUCGGGCACUGAUCAGAAAGAGCUUAGAGAGGCUAUCGCUGGUGAUACACCAAAUGCUGUGGCUUCUGAAGAAUUGGAUGACAACACUGUCACCAGAUCCCGUUCAAGUGAUUUACUUAAGAAAAGCCCUAUUGAUCCCGUCACUAAGAAAAGUCAUUUUAACAGCUUAAAACAGUGGGGAAAGAAUAGAUUAAAAUUGAUGGGUAGAUCACCCAGCGCAAGUAGAGAUAGCUUUAAAGAGGCUAAAAUAGAUAAAAAUAAAGACAUAAAAGCAACCAUAAAAAUAGAAGAUGAACAUAAACCAGAAUCAGUGACUCUGCGUACAAAACGUCUUGGAGAUGAUGACAGGCGAACACAUCAAAGAUGUGCGUCAUAUUCCUCUUCAGAAAAAAGUAUCGGACUGCCUACAAACGUUCAAACGACAGCAACUGUUAAUACUGGAGUGAAAUUAAGAGGAACGGCCACUCAGAGGAGAUUAAGAAGAUCAGCUAUAGGACGAGAUGAACCACAUUCGUCGAGCGGCAACUGGUCUGCUAGUUCAGAGUCGGGUCGGACAAGCAUCGGCUCUGAAAUUACGACAACGACAGUUCCGCCAAAAAGUACAACAUCCGCGGCCACUUCAAAUAACUCCCUUAACUAUCAUCAUGGCCCACCCAGUUCCAUUAUAAGUAGAAGGAAGUUCCUUAAUACUUCUGGUUCAGGAAGCGUUACUAGUGAAGGAACUUUAACGCCAGAUAUAAUUCACGAUCUCCACGAAGAUUUAGAAACUAGUUCUGAAUUUUCUUGUGACACAGAAGGCUAUUAUACCUCUUUUCAUAUGGACUCGGGCCUAAAAACUCUUAAAGAAGAAGAGAUGUCUCCAUGUACUCCCCUGCAUUCUACGAUAGCACUUUCCAACUCUUCAAAUCAAAACAUGACAGCAGAAAAUGAAUAUGAACUUUUUGGUAAAGGGUCCACAAGUACGACCACUAGUUCGGCUGGCACUGUAUGCACCACUUUAAUGGCUGCUGAUAGCGACAAAUCACUAGGUGUUAGUCCAACAGUACCUGAAAGAAAAAGCUCAUUAACAAUAAUCAAUCGUAACCGAAGCAAUAAUAGUGUAAAUUCAAGCAUAGAACGUAACACUGGUUCACCAUUUACAAAAUCUCCUUUUGCCAGUCAUUUAAAUUAUAAUAAUAUGCGCUCUUACACGGAUAAACAGGCAUCGAUACAGUCGGCACCCGAAAUUGUUACUGCUGCUACUAAGAGGAGUCCUAUAGCUAAUAAUGAAAGUCAUAAAGAAAUAACCGCUGUCGUUGAGGUACACACAGAAACAGAUAUCGAAAGCACCAAAAAAAGCACCGGUACCAGUUCUCCAGAUUCCGGUCAUAACACUUCAAGUUCUCCCAUUGAAGAUUCAGUCUCUAGUGCUCAUGGCAAAAAUAGUCUUUCCGAACAAGAUUAUUCUGAAUCUUCAGAUCUUGAAGGUACAGAUAGAAUAGAAAGAAUACGUUACAAAACAACCAUCAACAGUUCUCGUAUUCCAUCGAUGUGUGUCAUCACUCCUACAAAUUCAGACGAUGAAGGUGAAAGUAGAAAUACAGAUGAAAAAAUUGACAGCACAAACAGGAAACAAGAUGCAAAUUCUAAAUAUAAUCAAACCGUUGUGAAAUCAAAUAGCAGGCCAAAACUAGAACUGCCAGUUGAAGACAAACACAAAGAUAUUAAAAAUGGAGACAACAAAAUAUCUAAAACCCAAAAUCAAUUAAAAUCCUUACAUCCGUUCAACAAUUUUAUGUGUAAAUUAAAAGGUGUUCUACCAAACAAGCUUUCAAGUAAAAAAUCACCUUCAGGGAAAGAAGUUGUUGAAGAUUUUUACGAUUCCGGAGAUUAUGUUACAAUAGCCGAUGUAAAAAAUAAUAAUCAAAAAUCAACAUUGAAUAAGGGCGUAUACGGUAAUAACGAUGUAGUGAGAAAGAAUUUACAGGCUGUACUAUCCGGAAAGCUACCAGAAACAGAAUACGUGUCCUUAAAUGAACUUCCUAAUUGCUUAGGAGAAAGUAAAGACUAUUUGGAACACGGACUAGAAGAGAAAUCGUCAAUUACUCUGGAAGAUUUACAAAGGAAAGGAGCAAAAGUUACUUUAGAUUCUCGUGGACAAGUGAUUUAUUCAUCCGAUACACUGAAAAGAAGAAAAGGAGCUCACACUACGUUCGAACCGGGACCAUUUGUUCAAGAAAUUAGACCUACAACUACAGUUAUACAAAGAGAAAACGCAGAUGUUGUACAAAUCACGGAUGAAACUGAUUUUCCAUUCAAUCCAGUCCCACCCACAAGUAAACCGACUUCGCCACAGUUAGGUAAAAUGAUAAUUAAAGCACCUAUUGAGCCACACGGUGCCAUGACAACAGAAUACGUUACACUACCUCCGCCUAAGCCAAGUACUAUUAUAUCAGCCACGCCUAUUACCCCUCCACACGUAGCAAACAAAAAACAAUCAGACAUAAAUAAACAACAAGAUUUACCGCGUGUAGUCGAAGCUUUAACAAGGACAGGGGCAUACGUUAAUAUACACGAUGCGGAGGGUGUCAGCUUAUCACCAACGAAAGAUGAUAUUGCAGACUAUCGACAUUCCAACGCUGACAAACCUCCAUCUUCAAAACAAUUUCCACGUCCAAUACAUCAACCUCCAAUUAAUCUAUACAAUUAUAACCAGACCUUACAAAGGUUCCACACAGUUCGGGGAAGGCAUCCUUCAAACGAGAACAAUCAUGAAGUGGAAACUACACAACCAAAGUUUUGGACGUUACCUAAAAAAUCUGCACAAAAUGCUCAAACUCCUAUUAUUGUUGAAGAAAAAUCUUCAUACGGCCCAAAAUCUAUACACACGGAUUCUGAAUACCAACAAAAGCAACAUUUAAGUCAAAAUGAUGAAUCGAUUAGAAUAUCUCCAAUAGAUCCUAGAAAUUCUGGAACAUUUAAAUCUUCUACACCAAGUAAUAAAGAAAAUGUCGUCGAUCUCAGUUCAAAACUUUUAUCGCCAGUAAAAUCUACAAUGACUAAUGAGGAGUUAUACGCAGUCAUACACAAAAGUAAAAAGAAACUUAAUAUAAAGGAUCAACCAUCGGAAAGAGCCGCUUCACCAGCUUUAUCUGUUAUUAGUUUAUCACCUGUAAAUUCAGAACCAUCUUUGCAUAAAAAGAGUACUCAACGAUACCCGGAAAGUGGAUACCUAGGUGAUGUUAAAAAUAGAUCUGACGGUAAAAAUGGACCUAGUCCAAAUCAUUAUGGACCGUAUUUUAUACAAAAACAAGAAACGUGUGCAGACAGAUAUGGACCUUUGCAACAAACUUCAAGACUCGAUUUCAAGAAAUUACUUUUACAACAUAGCGUAAAGCUAAACACACUUAAUACUCAAGCAAAAACUAGUAAAUUAUCAGCAGUUGAACAAUUAAAACUUUCUAAAGAAAAGCCUCAGAUUCCAAUGACGCCUCCUGGAAACAAAUCGCAUGUGAAUAUACUUGACCUUAGCGGAUCUCCUAAAACAUAUAACCAUAGAAAAAUUAUAAAAUCAUCAAACCAACCUACAUCACCGGGAAGAAUAAAUACAUUGUUAAAAGAUCCCAAAAGUUCACCCAAAAUUCUUUUGUCUCCAAAAUCACAGUGGCGUUUCGCAAGUCCUAGAUCGGAUGUACUGUCGACGCCUAUACCUGAAGUAAAUAACGAAGAUGAAAAUUCAAACAGUUCCGGAGAAAAAAAUGACAAUUCCCUGCCUAGCCCACCGUCGAAAACAGUUCCUAUUAUUACUCAUCAACAUUUUGGAGCAAGAAGAUCUCUUAUACCGAUUAAUGAACAUAAAAUUGUCGAAGAACAAAAUGUCCCCGCAGCUAUAGAACAGGGUGUGUAUCCCAUUGCAUCUGAAUAUACAAAUUCGCAGGCAUUAUCAAGGUCCGAAAUAAUACAAGCGAAACGCGCCGAAUUCUUUAACAGUAUUCCUGAGCCAACCGCAUCCAAACUUAGUUCAUUCAAGAGUUCAAACAGAAGCAACACUUCGCCUGAAAGAGGGAAAUCUUCACCAUCAACAUUAGAAACUGCUUUAUGA